UUCAGGGUCAAUUAAAACAUUGAUAUUGAAUAAAAUUGUUUUGGUACUGGCAAAGUUGUUUUCUUCUAAGUCUAAUAAGAUGAAGGCGAUUCGAUUUGAUCCCGUUAAAAAAAGGGUUGAACUAGUCGAGUUGGAGAUUCCGAAAAUUAAGGGGGAUGAUCAGGUUUUGAUUAAGGUCGCUUAUGCGGGAAUUUGUGGAACUGAUUUGCAUAUAAUUCAAGGUGAAUUUCCAUGUAAAUCAGCACCAAUCGUAUUAGGCCAUGAAUUUUCUGGAAUCGUAAUCGAGGUUGGUACCAAAGUAACCAACGUAAAACCUGGCGAUCAAGUUGUCAUCGAUCCAAAUAGUGGCUGUCAAACUUGUCAUAACUGUCACAUUGGGGACCCCCAUUUUUGCGAAGUAGGCGGGCUUCAAAAUACGAUUGGAAUUUAUCGAGAUGGCGGUUGGGCCGAGUUUUGUUUGGUCCCCGAUAAACAAGUUUUCGUAGUUCCGAGUAAUACCAACUUAAAAAUCGCUGCUUUAAGCGAACCGAUUUCGUGCUUAGUGCACGGAUUAGAUAAGAUUUCACCUUUACCGAUUGGAAAAGAGAUUUUAAUAACCGGAGCUGGGAUAAUCGGGAAUUUAUGGUUGGUAGCGUUGCAUUUAAUGGGACACCGAAAAGUCACCGUUUCCGAACCCAACUUGCACCGAUUAAAACAACUAAAUAAAUUAGAAACGGGAUAUUUAGCGAUUACCCCGAGCGAGUUGGAGAAAUCCCAAAAAAAAUACGACAUCAUCAUCGAUUGUAGUGGUUAUGGCCCAGCGAUUGAAAAAAAUUUGACCAUUUUAAAUAAUGGCGGGAAGUUGUGUAUUUUUGGAGUGGCGCCACCUAAUAUCAAAAUCAAUGUAUCACCAUACGAAAUUUUUUCGAAAGAAUUAACGAUAAUCGGGGUCAAAAUUAACCCGUUCACGUUCCCGAAAGCUUUAGGGAUGCUAGAAGCUUUAAACGAAAGAUACUUAAAUUACGAAAAUUUGGGGAUUGCAACGUUUAAAUUGGAGGAAUUCGAACGGGCUUUGGAAGCUUUGAAAAGCGGGGUUAUUUCUAAAGCAACUUUUAAAUUUGAUUUGUAAAAAAUUUAAUAAAAACCAAUAAAUAACCUAAA